AUGGCAGUAUCUACAACAACAACAACAAACGAAGCUGUACCACAAUGGAACAGCAUCGACUUUAGCUCUGGUGGUAGUAUUGUUAAUGUCAGUCCUAUCUUUAUCGACAAUACAUUGAAUAAAGUAAUCAUAUUUAAUAAUACAGAGAAUAUAAAGAGAGCAGAGAUUGCGAUGGAGUCAUUCAUCACAUGUAUGCAUACACCAACCAAACAACUCAAAGCCGACCGCAACAUGAUCGUCGUGUCGAUGAUGGGGUCAGUCUCGGUCAUUGAGCUCGACGCCACCCUCAGCAACAUCGUCAAGUCAAAGGCUGUCAAGAUUGCAGACAUGAUCACCAACAUGGCCACUGAUCCAUCCAACCCAACCAUCCUCUACAUCACCACUCCAUCUGGAGUAUUACGUCGUAAUAUCUCUGAUAUUAUUGAUUCUUUGGAUAAUCAAACACCCUCUACUUCUACCUCUACACCAACUAAACAACAACAACAACAACAACAUCCUCAACAACCAUUAUACCAAAUACGUAUUUCAAAUCUUAGUAUCAAUACACCAGAUGAUGUGAUUACACAGUUUUUAGGUCAACCUCAACAACAAACAAAAAAAGGUCAAAAACAACAACAAGAAUUAUUAUUAUAUAAAGUAUAUCAUGAUACUACUACAUCGGCAAUUGUAACAGUCAAGGAUGAGAAACAAGUACAGACGAUUAUUGCACUCAAGAAUGGUCAACAUGUUGGCAAUAAAAAGGUGUCGAUCGAACGUGUAGAGAGCCAGGUGGCAGCUGCAUCGACACAUGCUACCGAUAGCUUGAUCACUGGCACCUUUUUACGCGGUAUUGGUGUGAGUAGCGACGGUCAGUAUGUGGCUGCCUACUCAACCUCCAAGGCAUACGUCUGUCACGUGCCAACCAAGGCAGUUCGCAGAAUCGCCUCGGAGCACCAACUCACCACCCUCGAGUUCUCCCCUGAAUCUGGUUCAACCUCUCUAUCCUAUGGUACAAUGAAAGGUAGAAUCUAUACUGUCAAUGUAUCAUCUCUCUUUGAACAAAAUAAUCAAAAUCAAAAUAAUCAAAAUAAGAAUAAUAAGAAUAAUAAGAAACAAGGAGAUAAGGAAACAAUGACAACUGGAAACUUUGAUAGAUCAUAUUUACAUUGGCAUCCAGGACCCGUUACAGCUAUUGCAUACUCGGGUGAUGGAAAGUUAUUGGUUUCUGGUGGAUUUGAACAAGCGAUUGUUAUUUGGAAGUUGUCACUUGGUCAAAGAGUUGUAGUGCCUAGAUUGGGAGGGACGGUCCGUUCGUUGAGCAUCCAGGGUAAUUUGGUCGCUGUCGCAUUGUCGACCAACGCGAUUGUGUUUAUCGACGUGCUCGAGCGUACUGCUCACCACCGUAUCACUGGUAUUCGAUACGGCGAGAAUAACCCGAUCGAGUCGUUGCACGCCGAUGCGCUGACCGACUCGCUCGUCUUUAACGGACAAGAUGGGUACGUGCAGUUUUACAACUUCCAGCACAGCGCCAUCCGCCAGCUCACCGUCGCACCACCCCUCAACACGGUCAUCCCCACCACCAUCCGUGGCUCCAAGACACCUGCCAACUCACCCAACGGCGUCACACUCGACAUCCACGUCAAUGAACCCAAGGUUGCUUUAGUGGCCUUGCACGCAGCCGAGAAGAUCAUGGCCACCUAUGAAUACGUGCCAACCAACACGAAAACAAGCAGCAGCAACGUUGGCCACCACGACGACACGUUUGCCGACAAGAUUGUCAAGUUUUGGGACCGUUCCAAGAAGCAGCCUACCUUGGCCUACAGCAUCGCGCUGCCACACAAGGAUAUCGUCACGGCCAUGCAGUUCCAUCCAACCCUACCUAUCCUCGCCACAGGCAGUGUCACUGACUUCAAAUUGUGGAAGCGUGUGUUGGUCGAAGGUACUCCUAUUUGGAACUGUAUCUUUACGGGUAGUCAACAAGCUCUCAAGUGCUCAGCCAUCUCCUUUUCAUUGGAUGGGUCAACUGUCGCCUUUGCAACAGGUCAUGUUGUUAGUUUGUGGUCGGUGUGUGCUAGUCCUGCCUUGGUUGCAACGAUCAGUCGUACGACAUUGGAUCCAUUGGCCAGCGUCCAUUUCCUCGCCAACCCCGCACACAUCUUGCUCGUCUACAAGACCAAGGGUGCGUGCGUGUGGGAUGUGACCACCAAUGAAGAGGUGCUUGUCAUCCCAUCGACCCCCUACGCAUGUGCCGUCGAUGCACAACGCGAGCUUGUCGCACUCGCCUUCUCGGUCGAGCACGGCAGUUCGUCACACUACUCGAAUGGCAUGGACGCCAACGCAAUCGUCAUCCUCAACCAGGCGUACGAGCUCGAGCACAUCUCGUUCCACCCCUCGCGCACCACCCAUCUCGCCUUUGGCAAGGACCACGAGCACGGCCACGCCCUCCUCUACUACACCAUCCACCACAACUUUAUCUCGGCACUCACCACCUCGCCAGAGAGCAUCUCGGCUGCCAACGCCCGUCUCCUCGAGGCCAACAACAUCAGCAUGAUCCGUCGCGAAGAAUCUGUCAACCAACGUAUCGACCUCUUUAAACAAAAGUCUCAACCCGGUACCGAAGACGGAGGUGACAAAAAGAACAAACGUUCCACCACCUCUGCCACCUCCACCGCCAACAUCAAGGAUAGCAUUUUGGAGGAGCUCCAAGAAAUCGACCAAAACACCCUCUCUGUCACCAACCAAUCUUCAUCCGAUCUCUUCAACUCUGCCUCUCAUAUUAUUCCAGGUGUUCAAUCAAUCUAUCAAUCGUUUAUGGAUUCAAUGUUGAUCACCAAGAAUUCUCAAGCCGACCAAAAGGAUCAAGACAUUGAAAUGAAAGACGGUGGAGAAAAAAAGAAUAAGAAAUCAAUUUUAAGAAACAAAAAUAAGAAAUCAGCAAAUGUCAACAGUGCUACCAAUACUACUGUUUCUACUGCUGUUGUAGUAGAGGAAACACCAGCUCAACCAAAAGUAAAUAAGAAUUUUAAUAGAAAUUACAAGUCUGCUAGUACAUCUACAACCACUACAACUACAACUGCAUCAACUUUACCAACAACACCAUCACAACCAUUGACACCAUCGAAAAAAGAAAAGAAGGGUAAAUUUAGUAAACUUAAAAAUUUCUUUGACAAUGAUAAUGAAAUAAUAACAGAAGAUAAUAAGAGAAAGAGAAUAACUGAUAGUAAUAAUAAUAAUAACGAAACUGAAAAUAAUCAAACUGAAGAAAAGGUUCAAGAACCAAUCAAAAAAUCAUCUAAAAAGGAAAAUACUCCAGAACCAUCUCCCAAUGUUCAAACUCCAUCUAAAAAAGCUACUCCAAAAAAAGCAGCUUACAAAAAAAUAAAUAAAUAA